AUGAAAAGUGACACAAAAAAUUUAAUUGCUGGAAGCUUGUCCGGUUUUACUGUCCGUUUUCUAACUCAACCAUUAGAUGUUAUAAAAAUUCGUUUUCAAUUACAAGUUGAAGAUAUUAAGCCCUCAGGAAAAUCAUAUUACACUGGCCUAUUACAGGCAUUCAUUCGUAUUUACAAAGAAGAAGGUGUAUAUGGUCUAUGGAAGGGUCAUGUACCAGCACAAUUUCUUUCUAUUACAUUUUGUGGAGCACAAUUUGGGAGUUUUUAUGCCAUUGAAAAUUUACUAACCAACCAAAUAAAUCUUAGCUCAUCAUCUGGAUGGGUGCAUGAUAUGAUAGCCGGUAGUGUAACUGGUCUGAUUGCGUCUACACUAAGUGAACCAUUAGAUGUCAUGAGGACACGACUUAUAGCUCAAGGUAAAAAUCAGGUUUAUUCAGGCUUCCUAUGUGGUAUGCGUCAUCUUAUUCAUGAAGAAGGAUUAUUCGGCUUAUGGCGAGGACUUGGACCAUGUCUUAUAUCAGUAGUACCACAAACAACUGUUUAUUUUACAGUUUAUGAACAAUUGAAGCGUUCUCAUAUUCUAUUGAAAUCAAAAGAGAAUAUCCCUAUGAAGCAUAAAUCCGCUUCUUUAAAUAACGAUGUUGGUCGUGAAUCAUCAUUGGAGACUGAUCACCAUCCUCAUCAACAGUUAAAUUGGCAUUUUCCACUUUGGGCUGGUGGAUUCUCUGGUCUCUUAGCUAAGACAAUUGUCUAUCCUCUUGAUUUAGCUAAAAAACGUUUAGAAAUACGUGGAUUUGAAAAAGCUCGUUUAACAUUCGGUCAAUUGCCUAAAGAGAGAAAUAUAUUGAUAAUUCAUAGUACUACUGCUACUUCUAGACUACUUUAG